AUGAAGUCUCGUAUUUCUUUUCUUCUUAUAAUAUGUGUUGUAUUCAGCCGAAGGGGGAUUUGCACAAAUGGACAAACAUCUGAUGAGGGAUCCAUUCCAAAUCCACCACUUCCAAAUGAUAGUCAACAGGAAUCUCCAGUUAGCGCAUCAACUCAGGUACCACCAGGAAACCCCAAUUCGGGAAUCCAACCCACAUCUGUAGAUUCAGCUGUCCCUGAACAAGCGGAUGCUUUGAAGCAUAAAGGUGAAACUCUUAAUGGUACUAAAAGUUCGCAUGAAUCGAAUAGUAAUCAAGAAAAAGCAGAUACAGUUCCAAAUGUCCCAGAAAAUGUGCAAAUUUCUGUGAAAGAUGCAGAGAAUCCUACUUCUAAUGAAGAAGCAACACGAUCUUCAGAUUUACAAAACAAAGGAAACACAAGUUCUACUGAUUUACAGAAUGCAUCUGUCAGUCCUCCUUCCGAUAUACAGGUCAAAUCUGCGUUACUGGCUGAACGCAAUGGGGUGAGAAUUACUGGACCUUGUAAUGCCCAAUUUCAGCUAUUUUUUGUUCCUCAUAUAUAUAUUAAUGUAGAAACUAAGGAUGAUAAAAUUCAGAUAGAUCCUGUAUCCUCAAAUUCAAAUCAAGUGGUACUAUUUGAAAAAGAACCAAUGAAGUUAAAAAAUAAAUGUAAGGUAGAAGGAACUAAUACAAAUACAAGUUCAGUUCAGAAAACUUUCAAAUUUGUGGCCUUUGUUCAUGAUAAUAUACUAACACUUAAGUGGAAGGUAUAUGAAAAACAGUCAACCGAUGCAAACACAGUAGAUGUAAGGAAAUACAGGAUCCCUAUAUUGCAACGACAAAUAACAUCAAUUCAUGUGCACACAGCUGCGGUUGCUGGAGAAACGGUUUUGUUCGAAAGUAAGGAUUAUGCAUUAAGGGAUGACAUUCCAAAAAAAUGCGACGCUAUAGCCACGAAUUGCUUUCUCAGUGGAAGUAUGGAUAUAGAGGAAUGCUACCAGUGCACUUUACUGGUGAAAGAAAAGGAUAAAUCUGAUGAAUGUUUAAAAUAUGUGAAACCAUAUAUUAAGGAUCGAUUUGAGGAAAUAAAAUUAAAAGGGGAAGACGAAGAUGAAGGAGAAGAAUCUGAUGAAUAUAAUCUUUUGCAAUCCAUCGACAACAUAUUGAAAGAGAUUUACAAAGUGGAUGAAAAUGGGAGCAGUAAGCUUAUCACUCUGGAAGAGGUAGACAAAUCUUUGAAGGAGAAGAUAAAGAAUUAUUGUCAAUUUCUCAAAGAGGUGGACACAAGCGGUAGUUUGGAAGUUCAUCAAUUGGGAACUGAGACAGAUAUAUUUAAUAAUAUAAUCAAACUGAUCCAAAAAAAUAGUGACGAUAAUUAUUUUACUUUACGGAAGAAAUUGCGAAACGCAGCGGCAUGCAUGCAAAAUGUAAACGAAUGGAUUACAAACAGAACAGGGUUGGUGUUGCCCGAAUUGACAGAUAACCUUUUGGAAAGUACUAGCGAUUCAUAUUUUAAUCAAAAAGGGGAAACACAGAAUCACGAAAAGGUACAUGACAAUAUGUACCAUACAGGAAAUGAUGGCAUUAUCGAUCUAACCCACCUCGGCAAAGCAAAUGAAAAUGCUACACAUUUUGCAGAUGUAAUGUAUUGUAAUGAAGAAUACUGUGAUAGGUGGAAAAACAAGAAUGAUUGUCUAGCCAAAAUUGAGGUGGAAGAGCAAGGAAAUUGUGCCACAUCUUGGCUAUUCGCAUCUAAGUUGCAUUUAGAAACUAUUAAGUGCAUGAAAGGGUAUAUCCACGUUCCUAGUUCUGCCUUAUAUGUGGCUAACUGUUCAGAUAAGGAAGGGGAUGAAAAAUGUCACGCUGCCUCGAACCCACUGGAAUUUUUGAACAUUAUCGAUAGUAAGCAGUUUUUACCAUCUGUAUAUGACAUGCCAUAUUCAUACAAACUGGUUGGCGAUGUAUGUCCCAAACCGAAGUGUCACUGGACGAAUUUGUGGAAUAAUAUCAAAUUGUUAAAUCAUGAGAAUGUUCCAAAUUCGGUAGGCACAAAGGGAUAUACCGCUUACCAAAGUGAGCAUUUCAAAAACAACAUGGAUGAAUUUAUCAAAAUUGUAAAAUCUGAAAUCAAGAAAAAAGGUUCUGUAAUUGCCUAUGUGAAAGUAGACGAGAUGAUGGGUUACGACAUGAACGGUAAGGCGGUUCACGGCAUUUGUGGUGGUGAAGUGCCUGACCUUACCGUGAAUAUAAUCGGGUACGGAAAUUACAUAAGUUCAGAGGGGCUGAAAAAAUCCUAUUGGAUUCUACGUAACAGCUGGGGAAAGUACUGGGGUGAUGAAGGAAACUUUAAAGUGGACAUGCACACACCAGACCACUGUCAACAUAACUUUAUCCACACUGCCGCUGUGUUCAACUUAGACAUACCUCUUAUGAAAUCGAACACAGAGAAGGAAUCCAAGAUACACAAUUACUACUUGAAGAGGUCACCUGAAUUUUAUCACAACUUGUAUUACAAGAAUUUUGAUGGCAAAAUGGAUAUUGAAGUAAACGGAGAAAGCGAUAUGGAGAAAAAUCCUACCAUAUUUGGUCAGUCGCGGGACAAUGAAGUAAGUGUAGUUGCGACAGAAUUUGGGGGAGGAGUGCCAUCAGCAGGAGAAAAUAGUAAUACAGGUGAAGUAUCAGAAAAAAAGGAACCAUCAUCAAAAGAUUCAUCUCACGAAUCACCACCAGAAGGUUCACCACCGAAGUCAUCAGCAGAUUCAUCACCAGAGUCGCAACCAGAAAAGGUGACACAAAAUGAUUCACAAGGUAUACAAGGAGAACAACACAGAGAGGAAAAUAAUGAUGUAAAAGUAGAUGUUGCAUCACCACAACCACUGCAACAACAAGAAGAAGGGUCUGAACCACCAGUGGUAGAAACAGAAAAAACGCUAAAAGGAGGUUCAAGACCAAAUGAAGUAACAGAAAAAGCAAAAGAAACAGAAGAUUCGGAACAAGGAAGAGGUGUGGUAUCACAAUUACCAGCAUCAGAAAAAGGUACAGUGUUACCGGUUCAAGGAGAAACAGAACAAAGGAGAUUGGAGGAGCAAGAAGCGUUGAAAGAACAAGACGUAACGGGAGAUGUAACUAAAGGUGAUUCUCCACCCUCAACACAAAAUGAAGAACUCGCAGAUACACAAUUACAGGAACAAACAGAAUCAAUACCAGUGGAAUCUGAAGGAAAAGGAACGGAAGUGGAAAUCACAGCGCCUGGAGGAACAACAGAAGAAAAAGAUAAUCCAAAUCCUAAAGAAUCAGAAAAUAUACUACAGUCACAAUUACCACAAGAAAAAGAGCCAGUGCCACCUGAAGUACCAUCACAACCUCAAACACAAAGAGUAGAAACAGAAAAAAUAUCAGAAGCUCCUGAAGAAAGAGCAGAAUUAUCACAAAAACAAAACACAGAGGAAGAUACAGGUUCAAGAGAAUCACAACCAGAACCACAACAAGAAGAACCAGCGACAGAUGGACCAAGCGCAGCAGCCGGUGCAGGAUUAUCAGCUCAAGUAGAAUCCUUGGCAGGAACAGCAGGAAGGAAGAAACUAAUGAACAUUAGUUCGUCUGAUAUAACUCAGAAAAAGGUUGAAGUAAUACAUAUUUUAAAGCGUAUUAAGAAUACUAAAGUGAAAGUAGGAUUAGCUAAAUAUAAUAAUUACAAUGCUGUAGGGGAGGACCAUGCUUGUUUGAGGGCCACUUCAGAAGACCCAGAGAAACAAGAUGAAUGCAUACAAUUUUGUGAAAGCAAAUGGGACGAUUGUAAAGAUAAACCAUCACCUGGUUAUUGUUUAACCUUGAAGCGGGAAAAGAAUGAUUGUUUUUUCUGCUACGUAUAA